GAAGUCAGGGUCCCAGCUUACUGCUUUGAAUUAAGUUCUAUUUCUAAUAGCGCUCGAUGACGUAUUAUUUUGAUGAAAUAUGAAAAUGUGGCCGCCUCAAAAUCUAUAUCGAAUAUGGAAUAUUCUACACUAAUACUCUCUCUCCUUAGCAAUUACCUACCUGAGUUUAAGUCUCCUAAUAUAUCACGAAGUAUCCCAAAGCCAAACGACAAAUCGGAAAACCUCAACGCAAAGCACUAUUCAACCCAUCUUCAUGGAAGAAUCGCAAGAGAGGUCUGGAGCGUAGGAGCAAGAGCAAAUCGAUGGAAAGGCGAAGAACCCAUUCAACUGCGUGUUUUUGCCUGGGAAAGCACUGGCGACCCUCUGAGAACGUCCGAAAGAACAACCGAGCACCGAACAAACCAAGACGAUAAAAAGAGGCUAUUCCGUCCAAAGUUUGGAAUUGUGAACCCAGGAUUGGGCCUCAGUUCUCUAUUAACUAUUUGGACAAAGGCAUUGAAAUUAUAACGUAUUUAAAUCGGUGGACUAAAGAUUAUCUACAGGGGUUGGUUGGUAAUAUCACAAAGGUGACCAAAACCUAA